CGCAUAAAACAAAGCUCAUACAAAAAUUGAGGGGUGUUUUAGACAUUGCCACUUAAACCCCCGAUUUCUUCUUCUAUUCUUUGCUUCUCUCACUCUUCCAAUUAAGAACACGACGCUUCGUUGAGGGUUUAGGGUUCUUCCACACUUCUCUGAGCAUAUAUGGCGUGUAUGCGAAAUGGCAGAAAUGCCCUCAGUCAGAUCAUCCGAGACACUAAGAAGAACGUCUAUUCUUCCGAGUCGGAGCGCAUGAUGAAUCCUCUGGUCUUCGCCUGCCAAGGAGUUCGGCAUAGAAAGCUGGAAGUGAUUUUAACCACGAAUGUAGAUAAGCUUGGCAAGGCCGGCGAGACGGUGAAGGUUGCGCCGGGGCAUUUUCGCAACCACUUGAUGCCGAAAUUGCUGGCUGUCCCCAACAUUGACAAAUAUGCAUAUCUCAUAAGGGAGCAGAGGAAGAAUGCUCCGAUGGAAGAGAAGGAGGAAGAGGUGGAGGUUAAGGUGGUUCCUGUGUCCCAGGAAGUUAAGAUGAAAGAAUAUGAGAAGCUGGCAAAGCGUCUGGAUAAUGCUCGUCUGGUACUGCGGAGGAACAUUGAUCUUAAAAAGUUCCGGACACGUGCAACAAAAGAAGACUCAAUAGAAUUGCGUGAUGCUGUGACUAAGGAUGACAUUUUGGCCGAGGUGGCAAGGCAGCUCUCUAUUGGCUUAGAACCUGACAAUGUGCAUUUACCAACUCCAUUGACAACUGUGGGAGAGUAUGAGGUACGGCUGCGCCUUCCGAGAUCCAUCCCUUUGCCGGCAGGGAAGGUUCAUUGGACACUCGAUGUUAAAAUCCGAUGCGCAUAAGCAAUGGUCUUUUGGAACUUGGUUCUCUCAAAAUGUCUUCUAGCUCACAGUUUUGGUUUUUGUAAUCUGAGAAUUGUUGUAGUUGGCUUGCUGUACUUUGGAAUCAAGGACCCUCUUAUAAUAGUAACCCCUCUGCUUUCUCUA